AUGGACAUGAAUUCUUUUGGCAUAGGAGAAUGGUGGACCAAGCCUGAAAAUUUCAAUGCCCCAUUGGUCUUUUACCUGGAAGAGGAGUUGGAGCAGAUAAUAUUCGGGCAGGAGGACAGAUACCUCCGCUGCAUAGAAGAGCACAGCCACACCCUCAUUCAGCUGGAGUCCUGGUUCACAGUCACGGGCCAUACCCGAGUCACUGUGGUGGGUCCACCUAGGGCCAGGCAGUGGCUGAUGGGCAUAAUAUGGCUUUUGGAGCAAAGGAACUUUCACUAUCAAGCUCGAGGUUAUCAGAUGCUGCAAAGUGUCCGGAGCCAGCCCCUAACCAACAAGGACUUGGCUGCCAGUCUCAAUGUGCAGCUUGACUCCUUGGUGGUGAAAGGCUAUCAGGAUGAAUGAUCCAGCUCUCCAAGUUCCUCAGGCUUCCUGCAGCUGAGUGCUUCAUUGUCUUGGGCUCCCAUGUCCUUCAUUAUCCCAGGAAGACCCACCUCCUCUGCAGAGCUA